AUCCUGUGUCCAUCCUGUGCUUAAGGAGGAAAAACAGUGGGAAUGCAACAGCACAACAUGCAUCUGUCCUGAACUAAAAAGCUGUUUCACUCUGAUAUAUGUCUCAAUAGGAAAGAAAAGAUUAUUACAACUUUCGUUUCAUGCUGACACAGUCCAAUGUAGACUAUGGCGCUCUGCCUGUGGUUUAUUUUGGUGCUCCCGCUGUGCUGCUGGGGACAGGGGCCAGUGGACACAGGGGACGGUGGUGUUUUCCAGCCCCAGAGUGCCCUCACUGACAUGGAGUUUGCCACUGUGAGCACCUACCGCGGCCCCGGAAACACUGACCCUCGGCCCAAUAAAGACCUUCCCAUCCUUCUGUGGUGGAGCUCCAAUCUCUUCCCACACUUCCCAGGAGAUACAGAGCGUGUGGACUGUGCCCGCUCGUCCUGCCUAGUCACAAGCAACCGUAAAGUUCAACUGUAUCGUCGCACGGCAUCCAUUAUUUUCUACGGCACAGACUUCCGUGCCUAUGAGGCUCCACUGCCUCGUAUGCCCCAUCAAACCUGGGCACUUUUCCACGAAGAGUCUCCGAUGAAUAACUACCUUCUGUCUCACAGUGUUGGGAUCAGGCUGUUUAACUACACAGCCACCUUCAGGAGGGAGUCAGACUAUCCCUUAACGCUGCAGUGGUUGCCCUCGCUGGAUUAUCUUCUGACACCGACGGCAGUCCCUUUGCAGGAGAAGAACCGCUGGCGACGGGCCGGUCUGGCCCCUGUGCUCUACAUGCAGUCCCACUGUGAUGUGCCUUCAGACCGGGACCGAUAUGUUCAAGAGCUGAUGAAGUAUAUAGAGAUUGACUCGUAUGGGAAGUGCCUUAACAACAGACCCCUGCCUGAACAUCUGGAGGACACCAGCACAGCCACUGGUGAGGACAGGCGCUUCAUGAACUUCGUCGGUCGUUAUAAGUUCCACCUGGCCCUGGAGAACGGCCUGUGCCCGGACUACAUGACUGAGAAGCUGUGGCGGCCCAUGCACCAGGGUUGUGUGCCCAUUUACAGGGGCUCGUCAUCAGUGGCCGACUGGCUGCCAAACAAUCAUUCCGCUAUCCUCGUUGACGAUUUUCCCUCUCCACGAGAGCUGGCAGAGUUCAUAAAGGCUCUGGAUCAAGAUGACGCGGAGUACUCACGUUAUCUGGAGUACAAAACGCCCAGUCGGAUCACUAACCUGCGUCUGCUGGAGGGGCUUGAGAACAGAGAGUGGGGAGUCAAUGACAUGAGUAAACCAAACUACUUGAACGGGUUUGAGUGCUUUGUGUGCGACCGAGAGAACGAGCGUCUGGCAGCAGUGAAAGCGCACAGGAAGAACCCAAAACUAAACCUGCCUCCGCAACCAAAGAUGGCCAACAGUUCACACAUGGGCUGCCCACUGCCCAGUCCUGGAUACGGGCCUGUGGAAAGCAUUGACCCAAAUGACAGCUGGCUCCAGAUGUGGCCGCAGGACUACUGGCAGAGUCUGGAUCAGGCAGAGGGUUUGGAGUCGCUCAUCAGACACAACGUGUCAGAGCCGUCGUUACUGUGGCAGCAUAUACAGAGCAUCGCUGUGAGGAGAGCCAGAGGCCAAUGAGAGGAGCUCAGGACUCACCAUCCACCUGAGGUGACAUCUCAGAUCAAAACUUCCUCCGACAGCUCAAGACUCCAAAUAUUUUUGGCAACAAUUGUAUUUUGGCAAUCCACCUACGGCGGAUGAGCCGUUCUUGAAGUUUGUGCACACAGGAAUCAUUUGUAUUAUUUCUAACUAAAUGGAAACAAUCACAAUCUCAUUACAUGUUGAUAUUUCCCUUCAAUAUUAUGUAUUAUGAAUAUGCAUUCAUAGUGAAUGUUCUUCAUCUAUAUGUUACUCUGAGGGCUUCAGCUGAUGUUGAGCAUCUCAUAAUCACUCAGGCUUGCUUGCAGCUUGUCACAGAUCUCAUGGAAGUAUAUCAUUGCAGAUGAACAUUUAUUUGCAUGAUUGUUUUUAAGCGAAUCUCACAAAACAGGUCAGGUUGUACAAUAUAGCAUUUUUUCACAUUACCGUAUUGGAAAUUUGGGGUGGAUUGGGGGGAGGCUUUUUAUUGUCAGAAGUCCUAAAUAGGGUUAUUUUCUAGAAGCAAAAUAUAACUUUUCAUUUUAGGAUGAUAUAUGACCUGCACUUGUUCUUGAAUGAUUCAAGAGAUUCUCCUACACGAGUUGAAUAGAAGAAUCUCAUGAAUUAUUCAAAAACAAGUGCAGGUCAUAUAUCAGCCAAAAAUUAAAAGAAAAGCUAAGGCUAAGACCUGUUGUUUAUAUUGUGUUUGCGUACCUCAGUGUUUUUUAUGCAAUAUUUAUAUAUAUUUAUAUUUUCUAUUGCACAGUCUUGUAACAAAUCAAUAAAAGGAGAAUACAACUUUA